AUGCUUCUCCUAAGAGGUUCACUAAAACAAGUAUGGCCAUUGCUUGCGAAACCGCGCGUACUUCCGAGCAGAUCAUCCACAAUUGCAUUGACAAAUACACUUCGACUUGGUUAUAAACAACAAUCACCGAUACGGACAUUCACUAAAACCACUCGAUUACUCCAUGGGCCUAGUGAUGCUAAUCCAACGCCAGCGAAAAACAAUAUUCCAAAACCAGUCAAGAGUGAAGAUAGAUCAGACUCGUCAUCGUAUUCGCUUCUUGGAAGAAAAGUGUCGACAUCAGAAUUAUUCAUGAUGCGAUCGUUAUUCAAAACGAUUUGGCCCAAGGACAAUCCAAAAUUCAAAAUCAGAGUGCUUAUAGCUGUUUCUUUGCUCAUCGGGUCCAAAUUGCUCAAUGUUGAAGUACCUUUUUUAUUCAAACAAAUCAUUGAUCAAAUGAAUGUGGAUUGGACUCAAGAAGUAGGUGUAUUGUCAACUGUGAUUGGCUCCUUAAUUCUUGCUUAUGGAGGUGCUAGAUUUGGGGCUGUAUUAUUUGGAGAAUUGAGAAAUGCUAUAUUUGCCAGUGUGGCGCAAACUGCCAUCAAACGAGUAGCAUCGAAUACGUUUAAUCGAUUAUUGAAUAUGGAUUUGCAGUUUCAUUUGUCACAACAAACUGGUGGAUUGACUCGUGCUAUUGAUCGAGGAACUAAAGGUAUCAGCUAUGUGCUUACUGCUAUGGUGUUCCAUAUAAUUCCCAUAACGUUUGAAAUUAGUAUUGUUUGUGGGAUUUUAAGCUACAAUUACGGGGUUCCAUUUGCAGCAAUGACAUUUUGUACAAUGUUGGCAUACUCAAUAUUUACAAUAAAGACUACGGCAUGGAGAACUAAAUUUAGAAGACAAGCAAACAAUGCCGAUAACCAAGCUGCUAGUGUUGCUCUAGACUCAUUGAUCAAUUACGAAAGUGUCAAGAUCUUCAAUAAUGAAGCGUUCCAGCUGAAGAAAUACAAUAGUGCAUUGACAAAGUAUCAGAACGCCCUGGUUAAGGUGGCAACGAGUUUAGCUUACUUGAACGCAGGACAGAAUUUCAUUUUCACCCUGGCACUAACCGCAAUGAUGUAUAUGGGAUGUCAGGGAGUCGUAUCGGGAGGAUUAACCGUGGGUGACUUAGUCUUGAUUAAUCAAUUAGUGUUUCAAUUAAGUGUACCACUAAAUUUCUUGGGUAGUGUUUAUCGAGAAUUAAAACAAAGUUUACUUGAUAUGGAGAAUUUAUUCCAAUUGCAAAAUGUCCCCAUCAAGAUUACUGAUGUUGAAGGCGCGCCACAAUUGAAAUUGAAUCAACGAGCUCCCGGUGAGAUCAAGUUUGAGAAUGUAACGUUUGGAUAUCAUCCCGAUAGACCCAUAUUGAAAAAUGUAUCAUUUACAAUCCCCGCAGGUCAAAAAGUGGCAGUUGUGGGACCCUCGGGAAGUGGUAAAUCAACUAUAUUACGAUUGGUUUUCCGAUUCUAUGAUGUUGAUCUGGGACGUAUUUUGAUAGAUGGACAAGAUAUAACUAAAGUGUCCCUCGAAUCAUUGCGGAAGAAAAUUGGAGUUGUGCCCCAAGAAACUCCACUUUUUAACGAUACGAUUAUUGAAAAUAUCCGAUAUGGUGACUUACAAUCAACCGAUGAGCAAAUCCAUCAAGUUGUAUCGCUUGUUCAACUAGACAAUUUGAUUAAAGAUUUACCCGAUGGUGAGAAUACCAUAGUCGGAGAACGAGGUAUGAUGAUUUCCGGAGGUGAGAAACAGAGAUUAGCCAUUGCUCGACUUCUUUUAAAGAAUGCCCCGAUUACAUUCUUUGACGAAGCUACCUCGGCAUUGGAUACACAUACCGAGCAAGCACUCCUCAAAACCAUUCGAACUAUAUUCAAACGCGAUAAUAGAACAAAUGUAUCCAUAGCUCAUCGGUUAAGGACUAUAGCUGAUGCCGACAAGAUCAUAGUCUUGAAUAAAGGUCAUGUGCAAGAACAAGGAUCACAUGCACAACUCUUGAGUGAUCCGGAGUCGUUGUAUGCACAGUUGUGGAAUAUUCAAGAGAAUUUAGAUAUUGAAGAACAGUUGAGAUUGGAAGAAGCAGAGAGGUUGAGAAAAGAAGAACAACAGUUGGAACAAGAGGAAAAGUAG